AUGGCCAGGAUGGCGAGUGGCGUGAUGGCGCUGUUGGUGGCCACGCUCUGCGUGUGCCAGAUCUCCGCGUACGGUCCCGAGCCAGCUUGCGAGGACAAGUGCCCCACGUGCUACAAGCCCGUCUGCGGCAAGGACAACUCCACGUACGGCAACUCCUGCAAGGCGGACUGCGCCUAUGUGGACGUGGACUGCGACGGCGAGUGCCCGUGCGACAAGUGCGUCUGCCCCUACGACUACAAGCCUGUCUGCGCGGGCAACGUCACCUACGAGAACCAGUGCCUGGCCGACUGCGCGUACGCGGUGGUGGACUGCGAGGGCAAGUGCCCCUGCCCGCCCAAGUGCGACUGCGACUACGACGACCAGCAGGUGUGCGGUGUGGACGGCAAGACGUACGACAACUGCUGCACCGCCAAGUGCUACGGCGUGGAGAAGGAGUGCGACGCGCCAUGCCCCUGCUACAAGUGCACGUGCGACGAGAAGUACGACUCCCCCGUCUGCGGCGUGGACGGCGCCGACUAUCCCAGCACCUGCGAGGCCGACUGCGCCGGCGUGGAGAUCGACUGCCACCACGAGUGUCCGUGCACCUGCGCGGACGGCUGCCCGGACACGGACUACUCCCAGAUCUGCGGAAAGGAUGGCAAGACUUACGCGAACGAAUGCGAGGCCACCUGCGAGUACGUCGAAAAGGACUGCGAUGGGAAGUGCCCGUGUCCGUGCACGUGCGAGCCCACGACCUACGACGCACCUGUGUGUGGCGUCGAUAACCGGACAUACGACAGCCAGUGCUGGGCGGACUGCGCGGAGGUGGAGGUGGCGUGCGAGGGGGAGUGCCCCUGCGUGAAGCCCUGCAUUUGCGUGGCGCUGUACAAGCCCGUGUGCGGCGUUGAUAACGAGACGUACGCCAACAAGUGCGAGGCGGACUGCGCUGAGGUGGAGGUGCAGUGCGAAGGGAAGUGCCCCUGCCCGCCCAAGUGCGACUGCGACUACGACGACCAGCAGGUGUGCGGCGUGGACGGCAAGACGUACGACAACUGCUGCACCGCCAAGUGCUACGGCGUGAAGAAGGAGUGCGACACGCCCUGCCCCUGUUACAAAUGUGUCUGCGACGAGGACUACGCCGAGGUCUGCGGCGUGGACGGCAACUCCUACAACAACGAGUGCGAGGCCCAGUGCGCGGGCGUGGAGGUGGAGUGCCCCGGCAAGUGCCCAUGCGCCGGCUGCGGCUACGACUACAACCCGGUGUGUGGCGACGACGGCAACACCUACGAAAACGAGUGCCUGGCGAAGGAGGCCUACGUGUCAGUCGACUGCUACCAGGCCUGCCCCUGCGGCUACACGGUCGUCUGA